CUUGAAAUUGCCAAAAGAAGAAAAGAAACAAAAUCCAAUCAAACAGAAAAAAGAUUAACCAGUUCCCGACAGAUACUUUUCUUCCUUAUAGACUCAAUCAAAACCCUCAAUCACUCCCUCCCUAAAAAUCAUUAACCCAUUUUCAAAUUUCAAAUUCACUGAAAUCCAAGUAACUCUCAACACAUAAAAGACCGAGACAGAGUCAUAAUCACAAAGAGAGAAAGAAAACUGAAGAACCUGAAGUGGAGAUGGCGACACUUCAGAAAUUCAAGCUACUAGCUACGCAAUGCGGCGUAGCUCCGAGCCCCACUCGGAGCCCAAGGACGAGCCCAGUGGUCCAACUCCCUCGGCGCAAGACCACUCUGCGAAUGCUCCUCAGCCGAAGCCGCUCAAACCCGCCGUUUCCGCCACUAAUUCCUUCGAUAUUUUCACCGCAAAAGAAGGACAAGAAGAAGGAGAAAGAAAAGGAUUCAAUGGCGGUGCAGAGUCACACUCUCAAGGACCUGUUCGUGUCUUCACCGCCUCUCGAACUCGAAGAGACUCAUGGUGGAGAAAUGGAAGAGAGGCUUGGUUUGGUUGGGAGCGGAGGAAUUGGAUGCGGUUUUGAUAAUUGGAGAGCCGGACCGGGUUCGCCGAAACCGGUCUGGAAUGGUUUCCGUUACAGGUCGUUGUUAAGGAGGGCUUGGCGUCCUGUGCUGACUACUAUUCCUGAGUAGUCACUAGUUAAUGAGGCCAAAUUUUCGACAUAACUUUUCAAGUUUACCCACUAAAAAUAUGAAAACAAUAAUGUUUUAAUAGUUAGGUGGGUUAGUUCAUAAUUUUGAAGUGUUCAUGAUAGAGCUUAUCAUUGGAACAAUUAAUAUAUUUUUGUUCGUCUGUUGUUGUCGCUGCUGCUGCCGUUGUCAUAGAGGUUAGAUUCUAUUUCUUGUGUUAACGGUAAUUAAGUGUUCUCUGUAUUUCCAAAUUUCGUAGAAAUGGAAGCCUUGUAUGCUACUUCUCAAAAAAAUGUGCUGCUAUAUAUUGCGUUAAGGUUACUAUGAAGUUGAAGUUAUGAAUCUAUAUAUA